AUGUUAACUAUAGAAAAGUACUGGAAAACUCUAACGAGGGAUGACCCUUCCGUGAAUCAUCAUCAGAUCUCUCUCACAGAGGCUCCUUACACGAAUCUCAGAGAUCUCUCUCCCUCUCGAAGAUCUCUCUCUCGAAGAUCUCUCUCUCUCUCCCGCGGAACUCUCGAUUCACGGAUCCGAAUAGUCUUGCUUGAAGUCCACCGAGACAGCCUGCAGUUCUCCCGGACUCAGCAGUUCAAUGACGUUACUCAAGGUCUUGGGACCCUUGGAGAACUUGGGAACGUUGGAGGAGUAUUAAACGACGGCACUGGCACUCUUGUCUUCAACCACGGUACUCAAGGAGAUAUUCAAGGACUUGAGAACCAGACCCGAGGACUUGACAGGCACCAGCGCAACCAGCUUGAAGAAGUCUUGCCUGAAGUCCACCGAGACAGCCUGCAGUUCUCCCAAAAUCAGCAGUUCAACGUUCAUACUCAAGGUCUUGGGACCCUUGGAGGACUUGGGAACGUUGGAGGAGUCUUAAACGAUGGCACUGGCACUGGCACUGGCACUCUUGUCUUCAACCACGGCACUCAAGGAGAUACUCAAGACCAGCAGUUCAACGAUGUUACUCUAGGACUUGGGAACCAGACCCGAGGACUUGGCAGGCAACAGCGCAACCAGCCUGAAGUCUUGCCUGAGGUCCACCGAGACAGCCUGCAGUUCUCCCACGAUGACGACCUUUAUGUUUUCAACGACCUUGGGAACCUGGGAGAACUUGGGAACCUUCAAGGAGUCUUCAACAACAACGACAGCACUCUUGUCGACGACCACGGCUCUCUUGUCUUUCAUGAUGACGUUACUCUUGUCUUCGACAACGAGGGCAAUCUUGUCGAUACUCUUGUCUUCAACGACGACGGCACCCUUGUUGACCCUUUUGUCUUCAACGACGACGGCACCCUUGUUGACCCUCUUGUCUUCGAGGAAGAUGGUACUCUUGCCUUAAACAACGACGGCACUCAAGGAGUCGUCACUCAAGGAGUCACUCAAGGAGACGGCACUCAAGGAAACGGCACUCAAGGAGACGGCAUUCAAGGAGACGGCACUCAAGGAGACGGCACUCAAGGAGUCUUCAAGGACGGCUUCCAUCUCCGUUCUUUAUACGGACAAGGUGACGAGGACAUUUAGAGUAAUUCAAAAACAAACGGAACUACAGUAAAAUCUACUUUUGUUGCACACUUUCAUUUUAUAAAAAAAAAAUACAUGUUGGUGAUGCUUGGUGACUGCUGUUAUCUUUUUUUUUUUGGUCGUGACUGCUGUUAUCUUAUGAUCAAAUAUUGCAAUUAGUAAAAAUACUACCUGAUUAUCUUUCUUAAAAUGAAAGAGAAUCUGAUUAUCUUA